CUUGUAUCGUACUUCAACGGACGGCAGUGAAGUGGGAGCCAGAUCAAUAGCCAAUAGGAGCAGAAAGGCAGUUGGUGUAGAGGCGUACAUCAGUGAUGAAAGCACCAGCAGCGAGAGGGGACUGCACUUCAGCGAUGUUCAGUCGCGCCACUGGAGUCAAGAAGCAGGGAUGCAGGAGCUAGUAUGGGUCGCACAGAAGUAUGGGGCUGCCAACCUGAGGCGACGCAAUGGCCAAGACUUUGCACCUGUGGGGCCUGCUUCGGAGCUGCCCAUGCGGGUGGCGGCCCAACAGCUGGCAGCACUGGCUGGCAUGUCCCAAAAGGUCCAGGAGGCUAUUGUCCACAGCCAGGCAGUCUUCCUCAGACAAGUGCAGCUGAAGGAAAGGGCUCUUGCGACCCGAGUCCUGCAUGCAUGGAGGGACAUCAGGCAAUGGUCCAUGGCAAGAACGAACAGAUUGUCCCGAGCAAAGCAGCGAGUGCGCCGCACCUUGCUGCUGCACUGCUUCCUCUACUGGCGCGACCAUCUCUGGAGAGUGAAUCGGUCAUGCCAUGAUAUACAGAAGUUACGAAUUGUUGCUACUCGCGGAUUACUGCGGCGCACGUUCUCAGCAUGGCGCGGUCUCUGUGAGGCAAGGUGGUGGAAGACCCAGCUGAAGACAAGGGAUCGGCAGAUUGCACUGUUGGAAACAGAGAUGAAACGGAUGGAGGGCAGACCAGUGUAUGUGCUAUUGAGGAGGAGAGUGAGAGGGAUAUUCCGGGCGUGGAAAGCUCUGUGCCUGCCACGAAAGGCAAAGCAGCAAGUGCAGACAAUGGCAACCAGGCACAAUCACAUAAGGCUCCAGGACCUGUCGCUUGCAAUUUGGUUAGUGCAUGUGGAGCGUCAGAGAGCCCAAGCAAAGCAGGUUACCAGAGCCGCACUUCAUCACAAAAAGGGAGUGCUUCUGAAGAUGCUGCUUGGAUGGCAGCAAGCAAGGCAUGUCC